GGGGGUUCGUCCUUGUUGGGAAUCGGUCGAUUCUGCAUUUCCUUGCUGUGCGCUUUCUUUGAGUGCUGACGAUGCGUUUACUCCCUGAAGAAAGUGCUCCGACAGUGAGUCUGUCUCGCCAGCUUGUACGCUCCACAGCAAAUUACAGCUAAGCACUCAAGUUUCUCACAAACGGGUUUUGAAUUCAGUUCGACACUUUGCAGGUUGGGGGAUAAACCCAGACACAAGGCUUAGGGCGUGGUAAAACGACAGAGGUUAGGUGGAUCCGGCACGCAGUGGCAGUGGGUAGCCAGCGGCUUCUGAGAACGGUCAGUGUAAAAACCCUAAUGAAAAUAGCCAUAACGACGUUUGCAAACUCAUUGACACAAGGAAAGAAGCGAAAUUAGAUGAAGAACACCCAAAGUGUAUAUCUUCAUAGUCAUUUCCAAGGCAUGUGAAAAAACCGGCCACCCCCAGUCAAUGAUCUUCAUGCGCGCUCUAAGUUACAACCUUCUGAAAACGCUGUAAACGCUGUUUUCUGGGAGGUCUCAUAAUUAAAACUGUUUAAUUGGCCAUUGAUCUGAUGAUCAACAAGAGCGUGUGGUCGAUGCUGUAAACGCACGAACAAAGAUUGCGCCAUUACCGUGCAGAGGACAAGCCGAGGUAAAUAUGUCUGCACGCUUCAAUCUCGUAGUGACCGUUUGUGCUACAAUACUGGUGGUGACGUGUAUGGGUGCUUCAGAACAGGAGCUAACAUUGACGGGUACUUAGACUGCCACGUGACUUUAUAAUCAGAUUCUCAUUUUUUAAGUAUUUAGCCAAAAUAUCUCAAAAGUCAAAUAACAUAUUUGUUAAAAAAAAAAAAGAAAGAAAAAAGAAUUAAACUUAUGAAAGGUGUUGUUGUAUUUUUACAGCACUUAUCACUGUAUCGUUUCUUUUUUUUUAACAAUUGAUUUUUAACAAAUAUAAUUCUCAUUGUUUAAUUUAUAUGGUAAAACAAUUCAGUCUGUCUUCCUCUAAUCAAAAUCAUUUUUUUUUUAAUUUAACCAAUAUUAAUUUAUUUCAUUAAAAAAAAGACCAAGGUUGGACGAAAUGAAGAGAAUAUAAAAAAAAAUACAAAAAGAAUAAUUGUGAUAAAUUCUUAGAAAGAUUAAAUGUAAUAAAGUUUGUUAAAAUAUUUAUCUGGUAUACAGGGUGCCACAACCCCCACCCCAAAAAAGAAAUGUGAGAACAUCUCGUAGCAAAGGGCUAUUUAACGUACUUGAAUUAAUCAAAUGUUUUGCCUUUGAAAGUUGCCUGACAGGUGUAAGUAACGCUUAUCAGAAAGCAGGAAUUAAUCAAAUGUUUUGCCUUUUAAAGUUGCCUGACAGGUGUAAGUAACGCUUAUCAGAAAGCAGGAAUUAAUCAAAUGUUUUGCCUUUUAAAGUUGCCUGACAGGUGUAAGUAACGCUUAUCAGAAAGCAGGAAAUGCGUCUUACCUGCUUAUCAACAUUCUUAAGCGUUGGCGUCACUCGACUAUGCUUGUGUCAAUAGCUGUCCUAGAUUUCCCCAUUCCUCAAUUAUUGCCAACUUGAGCUGCUCUGCUGUGGUCAAUUUCAGCCAACCGUUGACUUUUUUUCUUGCAUUGCACCCCAUAUGGCUUGAUAGACAGGGCUUAAAAUCAGGACUGUGCGGUGGCCACAUGUUUGGCUCGAUGAUGCUAACAUUCUCCCGAUGAAGAAAGUUUAUCGUAUUUCUGACGGUGUGAGCUGGAACCCUGAGCCUGCUAUACAUUGCCCAAUUAGACCGACCACAUGUCGCUUAAAUAGCAAGCAGCUAAGCUCGCCUGGGAACAUGUUCACAAUGAUAUUCACUGCUCACUCUGGCACCUGGUUCAACGAACACAACCUUAGCUUUCCCGGUUUUAGACCCUCUAUCUGAUACCAUUCGAGACACGCCAACAGAAACAAUCUUAGACACACCAAAUGAUACCAUUCCAGAGACACCAAAUGAUACCAUUCUAGACAAACCAAAUGAUACCAUUCGAGACACACCACUGAUGCCAUUCGAGACACACCAACUGAUAACAUGAUACCGCAGUUGAAAUGUUCACGUUCUCGUAUAAGUCUCCUCUACUGGAACUUGCCAUUUCUUUGAUUCCACUGAAUAACACUUUGAGAAUUAACUGGCGUUGCAAUGGCUAAUGUAUUCUCGUCUGUAAACCAAUUGCUUCGUACACUACUCUCAUUAGGAAAUCGUUCUGCGUAGCAAACCGUUUCAAUAUGAAUUUAUUUUUUGUUUGAGCAGCUGCCCGAUGACAGGCCUUUCCGUUCUAAGCUGUAGAUCUCACUCUACAACAGGUUGCACCGCAGAAGGUGGUACACUCGUUUCUCUUUCAGUUUCCCCGCGGACUCUUGUGACUGUGAGGAUUAUCACCUUGACUGUAGUUAGCUCACUCCCCCACUCAAUGUUCUGUCGGGAUCUAGCAGAUUUGAGACAACCACUUCCGAGUUUACGUUUUGUUGUACUGUCGUUUUCGAUUUUUAAUAACCCUAACGACACCAGCAACGCUCCAGGCUUGUUUUGUAAAAUCAUUUAUCAUUCACAUAGCAUCCCAUACCGUUUUGCAAUGCGAAAUUUUUGUAUUUAAAAUGCGGUCUUAUGCUGUUAUUUUUGUCAUUAUGGUUAUAAAAAAUUCACAACACGCAUUUUUUGAUAACUGGUAGAUGAAAAAUCAAAGAUGGCGACAGGACGUUGUCGUAAUAAAGACGUCGUAUGGUGUAACAGACAGGGAGUAAGUAAAUCAGGGAGUAGGUAAAUCAGGGAGUAGGUAAUCAGCAAACCAUUUAUGGUAUUAUGGAUAGAGAUUAACAAAUGUUGAUGUAAUUAUAUUUGCAAGAGACAUUUUUCACUGUUGCAUAAAUACCGUCCAUUUAAAAAAGUACCUAUUUUUUGCAGGACCUUACAGCCAGUGCUCUAGAGGCGAUUUGAAAUGUGACAAUUACGGAUUGUGUAAGAAGGAUGGCCGUGGAUACUACAUCUGUGCAUGUCCUGAAGGCUUCUCGGGGAAAUUAUGUCAGAUCGUAGGCAAGUCUGGGUCUUUUGCUGGGACCUUAACAUUAACCGUUAUCUAAGCGAAUAAAAGAAGUGUUUCAUGUACCUGAUUUUUGUGAUACAAUAAGAAUAUAUUAGGAAAAAUAUUAGCGCAUUAUUUAAACAUAUAUUUUUUUCUUUAAUGAAUAAAAUAAUGAAAUAUAAUUUUUUUCCUUUAUUACAAAUACUUUGUAUUGGACGACAAUGCAAUUAACAAAAGCUAAAAUCGAACACCUUUGCGAUUCCAUCUCUGGUAUUCCAUGAUCCAAUAAACACUAUAUAAUCCUCAGUACCUGGCUGAUGAUCCGCUUCUAUCUGAAAUUUCAAACAUGUCUCCUUCAUCGGCCGUUAUUUUGGCUAUAAAUAUUCCAAACAGGUUUAUUUUCUUGCCUACUUUGAAUUUAAUUUUAAUCCUACUCUACCUGGUUCUCAAAAACUAAAUGAGUGAUUCAAUAUAUGGGAAAACCUAUUUGGGGGGUUGGGGGGGGGGAGGGGAAAGGACGCAACAAAACUUCGCAUUCUUCGGCGAACAAACAACCGUAAAAAAAAAAUACAAAUAAACAUAAACACUUUGCUGCACUGUUAUCCGAGAGAACUUUGUUUUCCCAUACUUUGAUUUCCCAUAGUUUGUUUUCCCAUUCUUUUUUCGCUCAUUUCCUUUUACCAAUAACCCUGAUUGCAGUCUCGCCCCAUGAUUACCUUCCCUCAAAACAUUUUGUAUUUUAGGGAAGCCUAGAAAAUGUACUUUGAAGUGCGAUAACGGAGGGGUGUGCCAGAUUAACACAAAUGGCAAUGAGUCGUGUGCGUGCCCUGACGGAUUCGUCGGUAAUCUCUGUGAAGAACAAGGUAGGAAGCUUUCAAAUCUUUUACAAGCCCUUUAUGUUUUGCUUAUAUAUCAGUUGUUCUCUUAGAAGUUUUCUUUUAGAUUCAAGGUACAGGGAGAAUACUCAAGGGAGUUCCCAGUUAAUCAGGGCCUCAGACAAGGAGAUUCACUAUCAUGUUUCCCUUUUAACACCACCCGAGACAAAAUUAUAAGAAGCAUACACGCGAGCACCAGUGGAGCCAUAACAAGAUACUUCCAGUGAUGUAUAACAAGACAGCAAACAUCAGGAACUUUAUAGAGCAAGAUAUUGUAGUACCUGGCAUAGGCAGACGAUAAGGCGCUGCUGGGCAGAAACAGAAAUGACUUAAUUAAAGCGUUCAGGUAACUUGAAGAUGACUCAGUCAAAGCUGGUCGUGAUGUAAAUUAAGCGCAGACAAAGUCUAUGAUACUGUCACAAAACACUCACAAAACACUCACAAAACACUCACAAAACACUCACAAAACACUCACAAAACACUCACAAAACACUCACAAAACACUCACAAAACACUCACAAAACACUCACAAAACACUCACAAAACACUCACAAAACACUGACGCUGAUGAAACAGCAAUACAAACAAUCACAUGUUUGAGAAAUAUAUUUCAAAUAUCUAGGGGCGACUAUAAACGAGCAAAAUGAAAUAAUGUCGGAGGUGACCAAAAAGAGGAUAACAGCAGGUAACCGUUUUUAUCUCAGACUACAAAAGCUACUGGGAAAAAAACUCUCAAGGGGAACAAGGAAGACCCUCUACCCCACUAUCAUAAGACGAGUAGUAACUUAUGUUAGUGAGACUUUGACCCUUACCAGAAAAGAAGAGAACCUGCUCAAUACACGGGAGAGGAAAAGCUUGGGGAAAAUAUAUGACCCAGUGAUAGACAAUCAUGUCUGAAGAAUUCGUUUAAACCAAGAGCUAUACCAGUUGUACAAAGACCCACCCAUAGUCGCAACACUAAAAGAAAGGCAGACUGCGCUUCGUAUGACAUAUUGAAAGGCUGCCGAAUUGUAGAGCAGCAAAGGGGAUAUAUAGGCAAAAGCGUAGUGGCAGACGGCUCACCGAUCGCCCAAGACUGAGAUGGAUUGACGAUGUAGAGAAGGAUUUACACCAGUUGGUGGUUCGCGCAAGGAGGCGGAAAGCAAUGGAUCGAUCCGAAUGAAAGGGUAUGGUGGAGCAGGCCAGGGCCCUACAUGGGCUGUAGCGCCAUUAAUGAUGACAUUUUAGAAGUUAUCUAAAGUACCUAACGGAAGCAUGCAAAAUCCGUUCAAUUCAUGCAGGGAUCUCUUACACACCCAAGCUAUAAAUCCUUUUCCAAGAGUGGCGAUAUUUACUUCAAUAUUCUUUAAUAUGUAAAUUAUUGUUCAUAAUGGUCUGUCACUUUUUAAAAUGUAUUUAAAUGAGUAAUUUAAUUGUCUUAUAAUUAAUAGGGUCUACUGAAAUAUGAAACGCUAUUAGCAGAUGCGACUAUGGUUAGUUCUCAUAUCAACAUAAUUAAUGCAUAUUUAUGUUACUAUUUAAAUAGUGGGUAAUCGUAAGUUAAAUUUCUAUUCUGAGUUUGUUGAACAAUGCCUUAGGCCUGCACAACUCAAAAUGUAAGGUUGGCCGUAAUGCUUUAUGAAAAACAUGUGCGGGCCAAAACAAAAUAGGAAAGGACUUGUGCGGGCCAAAAGAAUAUAGGACAAGGGGGAAAGCUAUUCAGAAAAUAAUUUUUAAAAAAUAAAGAUUAUUUCGUUACCUCGCGGGCCACAAAGUGGGUGUUGGCGGGCCACAUGUUGUGCAGGCCUGCCUUAGAUGAUAUCCAGUAAUCUUUUUUCCAAUAAAAUAAAAUCAAAUUUGUUUUUCUAUUUAGAGGAUAUCUCUGAGAUCUGUACAUACUUCAAAUGCUACAAUGGCGGAGAAUGCGUUACAGUGGAUGAAGUUCCCAUCUGUAACUGCCCAAGAGGCUUUAGAGGCCUGAAGUGUGAAGGCGAGUGCUAUACUUUUGAUCUACUUAACUUACCUGAAUAAAUCUUUAACGAAUGUUAAUGGUCCAGGAAAAGAUAUAAUUAUUUUUUUUUAAAUGGAAAGGUUUGCAUAUAAAAUUAAGUUGUUGUUGUUGUUUAUUUUUUUUUAACGAAUUGCUCAAAUGCAUUAGAUUCGAUCAAUGAAGUCUCCGACUUAAUCUGUUCCGUGUUUCAACAAACCAUUUUACCGACAUUCAGAAAAAAAAAAUCCUCAACAUUAAAACCGUCAUGUCAACAGUUCUCAACUUUCUAACAACUUAUUAUUGGUGUUAAAGUAAAUUCAUUUUGAUAUUAACAGCAUUCUAAAGAAAAAUUAAUCUUGAAAUGGCUGGAGUAGGUCUGUUAAGACUAUUUAUUUUUUGGGACAAACAUUUGGUGACAAAGAGUUAGCAAAAAAAAAAAAAAAAGCAAAAACAGAAUGGAUUUAAAAAAAGCAUAAGAGAAUCCCAAUAUAACCCCUAGCUUGUGUUGGCAGAAAAUAUGGGGGUUUGGCAGAAAAUAUGGGGGUUUGGCAGAAAAUAUGGGGGUUUGGCAGAAAAUAUGGGGGUUUGGCAGAAAAUAUGGGGGUUUGGCAGAAAAUAUGGGGGUUUGGCAGAAAAUAUGGGGGUUAGCGAAAAUAUUUGGAGUUGGCAGAAAAGAUGUGGUGUUGACAGAAAAUAUGUGAGAUUCGCAGAAAAUAUUUGAGGUUGGGAGAAAAUAUGUGAGUUUGGUAGAAAAUUUGUUUGUACAAUUAUAAUUAGUUUUGAUUGAAUUAUGAUAUAUAUUUGUAAAAAACUUUUAAAUCACAAACCAGUAUCAAUAUUUUAUAAGAAUAUUGCUUUUAUAGCAAUUAUAAAGAUAAUGACAAUUACAUCACAAAACAUGUUGAAUACAUUAAAAAAAAAAAUACUUACAGAUAUCGACUUGUGUGAAGAGUACAUCUGUUAUAAUGGAGGCAGGUGCAAGAUAGAGAAUGGGGAAGCAACCUGUUUAUGCGGAAAGCGCUUUAAGGGAAAGCAAUGCGAGUUGAUUUAACAAAAUAAGGUUUGUGCAUUCAGAUAUCUAGCCUGCAGUCUCAUUGUUACACUUGAGUUAAAUUAAAAUAAGAAAUUGUGAUUCUUUGCGAUUUUGAUUUUAAAAUGUAAAAACAUCGAUUUUUUUUUUUAAUGAUCAAAUCAGGAAAGCCUUGAUCUGGACAUCAGGCCAAACACUUAAAUUUGUAGUCGUAAAAUUAAUUUUCUUUAAAAUGAAUUGAUAUAAGUGUGCCACAGUUCAAAAUAAAAUGAAGAAGAAAAAAAGUUAAUAUCCUUUUUAUAUCCCUAGGUGAAAACACCAUUUGCAUGACAAGAUUUACGUCGAAUUGGAAUAUUGAAAUGAAGUCUGAAAUUAGAAUCGUGUUUUUUUUUUCAAACACUGAAGCACCCGGCUUUAGUUCACGAAUUUAUAAAAAAAACAAUUUUGUGUUUUUGUUUGUUUGUUUUUUGUUUUGAAAUCAAUAAAAAAAUUGUUGUCGCCCCAAUUACUUCACCAAUCCAAUUAUUAGUAUUUUUACUUGAAUUAAAAAUUGAAUUUUUAAAAAAAAGGACACACCACAAGUUAGCAACCUUUAAGAACUUUAAUUCACAGAAUCAUACAGCAACGAUAGCGGAAAGAUUUUGAAUGUGUUGACUAUGCUUCAAAUACUGAGUGACAGAUGAAAACGAAAGUCCGGGCGCCAGAUAGAGUUGACGUAAUAUCUAAUAUCAAGCACGUGUCCCGUAGAUUAACUUUACAAUAUCCGUGCUGGACAAUGCGUGCAUUACAUUUAUCUGUGCAUUUUGGUAUACGCGUGUCAUAAAAUAUCUGCGUGUUGCUCUACCUGCCAAUACAGUACCUGGGUGGAUCAGUACGUGCUUAAAUCUGCGUAAGUGAAACAUUUUUGAGUGUGUGGCCCACGUUAAGUCAAGUGCGGAUCGACCUAUCAAACGGUCGGGAUCAACCCAUGGACUGAU